GGUGCAGAACCGAGCUUCCGGAAGCAAAACAGGUCUUUGUACCGAACAAAGAUGGCGGCCGCCGGCGUCGGGGGGAGGGCUGCCCUGAAGAAAGAUGGCCUCCGCGAGAGGAGGAACCGGAAGCGUGGGUCUGGCGGCGGCACCGGUUCGCGGUCGGCGCGAGAACGCGCAGGGUGGCGCGGGUCCGGGCAUGAAGCUGGGCCGGGCCGCGCUGGGCCUGCUGCUGCUGGCGCCGUCCGUGGUGCAGGCGGUGGAGCCCAUCAGCCUGGGACUGGCUCUGGCCGGCGUCCUCACCGGCUACAUCUACCCGCGUCUCUACUGCCUCUUCGCCGAGUGCUGCGGGCAGAAGCGGAGCCUUAGCCGGGAGGCACUGCAGAAGGAUCUGGACAACAAGCUCUUUGGACAGCAUCUUGCAAAGAAAAUCAUCUUAAAUGCUGUGUUUGGUUUCAUAAACAACCCAAAGCCCAAGAAACCUCUCACGCUCUCCCUGCACGGGUGGACAGGCACCGGCAAAAAUUUCGUCAGCAAGAUCAUCGCAGAGAAUAUUUACGAGGGUGGUCUGAACAGUGACUAUGUCCACCUGUUUGUGGCCACAUUGCACUUUCCCCAUGCUUCAAACAUCACCUUGUACAAGGAUCAGUUACAGUUGUGGAUUCGAGGCAACGUGAGUGCCUGUGCGAGGUCCAUCUUCAUAUUUGAUGAAAUGGAUAAGAUGCAUGCAGGCCUCAUAGAUGCCAUCAAGCCUUUCCUCGACUAUUAUGACCUGGUGGAUGGGGUCUCCUACCAGAAAGCCAUCUUCAUAUUUCUCAGCAAUGCUGGAGCAGAAAGGAUCACAGAUGUGGCUCUGGAUUUCUGGAGGAGUGGAAAGCAGAGGGAAGACAUCAAGCUCAAAGACAUUGAACACGCCUUGUCUGUGUCGGUUUUCAAUAACAAGAACAGUGGCUUCUGGCACAGCAGCUUAAUUGACCGGAACCUCAUUGAUUAUUUUGUUCCCUUCCUCCCCCUGGAAUACAAACACCUAAAAAUGUGUAUCCGAGUGGAAAUGCAGUCUCGAGGCUAUGAAAUUGAUGAAGACAUUGUAAGCAGAGUGGCUGAGGAGAUGACAUUUUUCCCCAAAGAGGAGAGAGUUUUCUCAGAUAAAGGCUGCAAAACGGUGUUCACCAAGUUAGAUUAUUACUACGAUGAUUGACAGUCAUGAUCGGCAGCCGGAGUCACUGCCUGGAGUUGGAAAAGAAACAACACUGAGUCCUUCCAACCUCCGCCCCCAGCUCCUUUCCCUGGAAGAGGAAUCCGGUGAAUGUUCCCUGUUUGAUGUGACAGGAAUUCUCCCUGGCAUUGUUUCCACCCCCUGGUGCCUGCAGGCCACCCAGGGACCAUGGGCGAGGACGUGACGCCUCCCGAACACGCACAGAAGGAAGGAGCCAGCUCCCAGCCCACUCAUCGCAGGGCUCAUGAUUUUUUACAAAUUAUGUUUUAAUUCCAAGUGUUUCUGUUUCAAGGAAGGAUGAGUAAGUUUUAUUGAAAAUGUGGUAACUUUAUUUAAAAUGAUUUUUAACAUGAGAGACUGCUCAGAUUCUAAGUUGUUGGCCUUGUAUGUGUGUUUUUUUUAAGUUCCCGUCAUUAUUACAUAUACUGUGAUGUAUCUUUACUGGAAAUGAGCCCAAGCACACAUGCAUGGCAUUUGUUCCACAGGAGGGCAUCGCUGGGGAUGUGGCUGGAGCAUGAGCCAGCUCUGUCCCAGGAUGGUCCCAGCGGAUGCUGCCAGGGGCAAUGAAGUGUUUAGAUGAAGGACAUGUAGGUAAGAGGACGCCUUCAGGCACCACAGAUAAGCCUGAAACAGCCUCUCCAAGGGUUUUAACCUUAGCAACAAUGGGAGCUGUGGGAGUGAUUUUGGCAACACUGUCAACAUUUGUUAGAACCAGUCUUUUGAAAGAAAAGUAUUUCCAACUUGUCACUUGCCAGUCACUCCAUUUUGCAAAAGGUGGCCCUUCACUGUCCAUUCCAAAUGAGCCUCACGUGCUCUCUGCUGGAUUCUAAAUUAUGUGAAUUUUGCCAUAUUAAAUCUUCCUCAUUUAUACUAUUUUUUGUUACGUUCAAUCAGAAUCCCCGAAACCUCCUAUAAAGCUUAGCUGCCCCUUCUGAGGAUGCUGAGAACGGUGUCUUUCUUUAUAAAUGCAAACGGCUACCGUUUUACAAUAAAAUUUUGCAUGUG